AUGACUAGGAGGCUUAGUUUCAUCAUUGGAAUCAGUUAUACACACAUGGGGUCUGCAUCUGAAAGGGUCCAGUUUACAUAUCCUUACGCCACUGUCUAUUGUAAUUGCAGUCAUUAUGGGUGCUAUAUUCCUCGGAAGAUCCACUUCACCUUGGAAGAGUGGAGAGGAAGAAGAAGAGGUUCAGUGUAUGUGGCUUUAGGGUGUGAUGUGGCGACGAUUGUGAGGUUCAAGGACCAUGUAUCAGCCCAAAGGCAUGCAAUGCCCAUUGUGCAUCUCUGGGAAGUUACAAAUAUGGAGGAAUUUGUUUAAGAUUGGGUUGUUGGUGCAAAUUGGAUGCUAAACUUCGUGGUCGUGCUAUAUCUGGUCCUUUUAAACACUAAUGUAUUAAUAAUUCACUAUAUGAAUAAAAAAAUAUAUAUUCAAAUAUGGUGGUUUACAUUAUCUCACUAAUAUAGUAAAAAAAAAAUGAAUUAUUA